UCGCCAUCGUCCCUGUCCCUGGGGCAAACUCUUCCAUUCAGUCCUUCGCCGUCGAAAGCAAAAGAAAAACCCUAUUUAUAUAUCGUACGGAACUCGGCUAGAUCCUCUGCGGUACAACCGUCACCCACCAAUUGGAUCGUGCCAUGUCACCGGUCGGGUCCCGUCCCUGUCACCGUAGCUUUGUUCCAGGCUCCUGAAACUCUCUCUCUCUCUCUCUCUUUCUCUCUCUGAACAGAAAUAUGGUGAACAACGCCAAGGAAGAGCCGAAAACCGCUCCGCAGUCCGAUCGAUGGUAUAAUCUGACUUUAGGACCUUCAUUCAAGGAUGAAGCUUCCAACAAGUACUGCACUUUGCGAUAUGAAUUCAAACCGGCUUCGAUCGACAAGACGAAGCCUGGAUCGCUGCGCAAGACGAAGGAAAAUAGGGUUACUGUGGAGUUUCACAACAAUCAAUUAGGGAAACCGAAGGUGACGUUCGACGGGAGCAGCGAGGACUACAAGAACGACGCCGUUUUGUUGUUCGAUGGCGAGACUUUCCGAAUGGAGCGGCUUCACCGGUCAGUGAAUCAUCUCCGGCAUCGCCGUCAGCCCGGCGAGUCCGCUGCCGCCGCCUCUUCCUCCUCGGUGGCGGCUCUUUCCGGACCGGCGAUAGAGCCUCGGCUUUCUCCCGUCGCGAAGGCUCCAAAGACGAUUCAUGUCGGCAGAAGCGCAUUCCCCGCCGUGCCGGUUGAGGUGGAAAGAAUUGAUAUUGGCGUGUCUGAGAAUCCAGCAGGUGCAAAAUCUGCCAGUAAGGGGGUUGCAGAUUAUUCAUCUGAUCCACCAAACACCUCUUCUGUCGCGCCUGAUCCUAAGAAUGAGAAUGAAGAAGUCGAUGAACAUCAAGAUAUAGAUAUCGAGGACAUUUUUGGGGCUGAAUUACCUGAAGAUGUGAAUGCUGCAGAAGAUAAAGCUAACGUUGGAUUUGAUAUCAACGUUCCACAUCAAAAUGACACUGAUGAUGAGAUUGCUGAUGUUGAUGAUAGUGGUGAUGAAGUUGACAAGGGGCCAAAUGCUGCAGAAGCGCUUCGAGCGCAAGUGAAUGCGGAGGAGAGGGAUGAGCAGACUUCCACUUCAAGUAGCAGCAGUGGAAGUGGAAGUAGCGGCAGCGGAAGCGGAAGCGGUAGCGGUAGCAGCAGUGACAGCGAAGGCAGUGAUGAAGAUUCUGUAAAUUCAAUCUGAGUGAUUGAGGCAGUGAUGAAGAUUCGGAAAAUUCAAUCCGAGUGAUUAGGCUACUCUGAAGUAGCAUAAGAUCCUCUGGACUGUUGUUAUUGAGUUGACCAGAUAAUUAUGGUUAUAGGGGUUGAAAAAGAGAAGGCGACAAUAAAUAUUCGUGGCAUGAAGUUAUUUAAGCUAACCUGUAUGUUUUAACACAGUUGAGCUAAGCGCAACAAUAGAGAAAUGAUUGUUCGUUUUUUAUGCA